CGAACUUUGAAAAACUCGUGUGGGGGAGAUUUCAGUAGAUAAACAAAUAAAUUUAAAAAUUGUGUUGAGAAAAAAGGAAUAAAAAAUAUCAAAUAUGGUUCGCUGAGAAAUCCUUAAGCUUUGCCUAAAGUUUGUAACGCAUAAAAAAGGCAUUAUUGUGUUAUACUUUGAUACAUUGGGUAUGAAAAGAUACUGAUGAAUUUUGAACCGACUGUGAUGUCCAUGGCAUUAAUUUCGCCAGGAAUUAAAAAUUGCCUAGUUUUCUAUUUAUAAUGAUGUGAAAGAAGAUCAGAAAGAUUAUGAUUACAUGGAGUUGAUGUAUUGAAGUGCAAGUGUUUGAAAAUAAACUGUCCUGAAAGAAAUAGUUUUGAAAAUGUGCGCAAUGAAAGUAGAUGUAGCAUGGUCUCCUAGUGAAGCAAAUAGGUUUAUAACAGUGAGUACAGAUAUCCAACUAUAUGAAGUGGAAGAGCUAAAAGAAGGAUUUGUAAAACCAUCAGCUAUACCAUUAUCUGAAUAUACAUGUGCCAACCUGAUCAACAGCAGUUCUGAUCAUCAAUACCUAAAAUGCUAUUCUUGGUAUCCUAAAAUAGAUCAUCCUCUUUUACUUGCUGUUGGAAUGGCAAAUGGCCGAGUCGUACUUGAAAGUCUUGAUCCGAUUGGUUCAAAAGAUGCUGAAAUAUCUGGUAGAGAGCUUAUUCCCAAACAAAGCAGACCUUGCAACUGUGUCGCUUGGAACCCUGUAGAAGCGAAUAUACUUGUUUCAUGCUUAGAUAAAAAUCGAACCGACAACAGCAUAUUAAUAUGGGAUAUUUCUCGAAGCAGUUACCUUCCAAGCGCUAUUGAAGCAGCCCCAUUUGAUAGGCGUGCCAUGUUUGCUAUUGAUUCUCCUACUAAUACCAAACCCUUAUUAGAACUAGGAUUGGGGGAAUCAACUCAGUCCGUCCAUUGGUUUCCCAAUAACCCUAAAUUAUUUGUGAGUGGCAUGAGCUACAAGCACCUUAGGCUGUUUGACACAAGAGACGUCUCUAAGCACCAGGAAAUGACUACAUCAAAAGCUGUGUAUAAUUUGUGCAUUGAUCCUGCCGUGGAACACAGACUUGCUUCAUCUGUUGAUAAUUGUUUUGUCUUAUGGGAUGUUCGUAAUUUUGAGAAACCUGUAUCCUUUUGAAUAUUUUCGAAACAAAUUGUAAAAUUGUGCUGGUCCCCUACACGCUCUGGUUUGCUAGCUGUGCUAUGUAAGGACAGCUCAACAAUUAAUCUGUAUGACAUCCAAUCUCCUGCUGGGAAUGAUGAAGUAGAGCCUGCAAUUGUGGAAAGAAAUUUGCAUCCUUUUGCUUCUCAUUCUAUCAUGUCCUCUUUCUCCUGGCAUCCAACUCAAGAAAAUCGUAUGCUAACUAUUUCACAAAACAACCAAUUGCUGGAUUAUACAAUAUUUGAUAGAAUUACUUUGAAUUGGUCUCCAACUUCUGAGAUCGUAUGGACUUAUGGGAGAAAAAUACUGCAAUGUGUGGACAGCAGUGAUGAGUUCUAUUCCUGUCUCGAUGAUAUUUCGGUUAAAAUGAGAAAAAGAGCUUGCCAAGGAUAUGGCUUAAAGAAACAAUUAUAUAUGAAUGCAGAAUUGGCAGAUGACCCAAGCUUAAGUGGAGUUUGGAUGUGGUUAGAUUUAGUAAAAUCGUUUGAGGAUGAAUACAGUCGUCGAUCAGGUUUUAGAUAUCAGCCUAAGUAUGAAGGAGUCCAUUCCAUCAUAUUUGGAGAAAGUGGCACCAAUAUUGUUGGCCUCAGCGAACCUUGUCAUGUGACUUGGGUUGGUAUUAACUCCCCUGAAUGCAAGAUUGUCAAGUACACAAGUGAAGAAAGGGAAAAAGCAUUAAGGUUGUGUGGUUGGGGUGCUGACUUUGAUACUACAUUUGCAAAACGAUUAGAAAGGAUUGUAUCUGAGGGGCAAUGUACAAGAGCUGCUGCUAUUGCUGUUUUUAAUUUAGAAAUUAGGAGAGCCAUUAAAAUCCUAAGCAAAGGAGCUGUUUCUCAAGGUCACAAAGGAUCUGUUGAUUUGAAUGCCAUUGCAAUGGCAUUAGCUGGCUAUACUGAAGAUAAAUCAGCCUUGUGGCGUGAAAUCAGCAGUUCUUUGAAGGCUCAGCUCACAGAUCCACAUCUAAGAGCUAUAUUUGCUUUCUUGACUGCUGAAAAUGAAAAUUAUGAAGAAAUAUUGAAUGAGUCAAAGAUUGCUGUUCAAGAUAGGCUAGCUUUUGCUUGUUUAUAUUUAAAUGAUAGAAAACUUUCUGAAUUUUUGGAUGGUUUGAAAACAAAGAUGGCUGAAACUGGAAAUGUUGAUGGAAUAUUAUUAACUGGUUUAACAAAUGACGGUCUAUCAUUGAUUCAGAGGUAUGUUGAUACCACCGGUGACCUUCAAACGGCCAGUCUGAUCAUCCUUCAUACUCUGCCCAGCCAAGCUUGUGGGGACCCUAGGGCAAGAGCUUGGGUGCAGAGCUACAGAAACCUUCUUGAUACAUGGAUGUUAUGGAAACAAAGGGCGCUGUUUGAUGUUCGUUGGUACAACAGCAAUCCAUACACUUGUAAACCUGCACAACAAAUCUUUGUGAGUUGCAACUUUUGUAGGCGAUCUGUUUCCCAACAUAUUCAGUAUCGACAGCCCAUGCCCAGGUUUUCUCAGCCUGCUGCUGCCGCUGCAGCAGCUGCAGCUAAUGCAGCUGCAGUCAAUAGAAAAAUUAAUUGCUGUCCAGGAUGCCGCAAGCCUCUUCCUCGUUGCUCUCUUUGUUUAUCUCACAUGGGCACACCAGCUGGAGUACAUUGGCAGCGACAGAACAACACUGAAAGGAAAAAAAUAACAGAUUUUUCCAAUUGGCUCACGUGGUGUCAGACGUGUCGGCACGGGGGACAUUCUAUUCACAUUUUAGGAUGGUUUCAGCAUCAUACUGAAUGCCCUGUCACGGGUUGUACAUGUAAAUGCAUGUCAUUGGAUCAAGUCGGAAAUCUAGCUUCUGUAAUGAACAGCUGAAAAAGACUCUUCAUAGGAUUUUCAAAGGAAUAAUUAUUUUUUGUUAAUAAUUUUAAAGCAAGUUAAAAUUUUUGUACUUUUUCAUGCUUGAAAUGCUAAUUUUUAAAUUGUGCUUUUGUGUAUGAUUCAAUCUUUGAAAUAGGAUGUUAUAAAUUCUUUUAUUACAAAAAUACUGUGUUAAAUUUAUAUUCAGUUUCAAGCAAGUUUACAUGUAUAGCUUGACCACAGAGAGAUGAAGAAUGAACUGGAAGCGGAAACAUUUGUCAUAGGUAGAAUGAGCAAGAAUGCGCUGAGUAAUAAGAGGUGCAUUCUCGCUGAUUCUAUCUAUUACAAAAUAAUAGCCAACAACAUAUUACAAAUAAUAUUUCUGCUUCCAGUUCAUGCGCCAUCUCUCCGUGGUCAAGCUUUAGAAUGAUUCAAUGCAGCCUUUCUGUUGAUUUAAAGUGUGGAUAAGAUGAAUGUUAUUCUACAAUUAAACUAACAAAAAAAACUUUCGCUGUAGGUUAAGUAUUUUUAAAACCUUGUUUCUUAUUAUUCAAUUUAUUCUUUGAAUCUGGUGAUAACUAAGUAUUAAACCAGGGAUGUUUGUGAUCCGAAAUUUCCGAACCAAUAACACACUCGAAAACUUAAAACAAUUAAAAAAAAAGAAAAAAAAACUUUUAAAAUGGUUUUUUUUUCCAAUGAUUUUUGUGUGCAUAUUUGAAGAGUUUUUACGGGAUAGUUUUAGAGGGGAAGGGGUCGAGCUUACUCAUAAUUUCCAAAAUUUCAGUCUUUAGAAAAUUUUACUUGGGUCCACUAUCACCGCUGUAUUAAACAAAAACUAAAUAUGGGUGAAUAACAUUGUGACAUGCGAAACUGCUAAAGAUAUUUCAUACAUCUAUCAGCAAAAAAGUGUGACUUUUGAGA